GUUUUUAAGGAACUGCAAAAGACUGGAUGGAUAUUGAGAAGGGGAGGGGUCCUAUUUUUUUUCUCAACAUAUCCCUGGGUGAAUUCAGAGGAAGACAUUUUCAAGCCUGUGAUGCAUUUUCAGAUGGGCUGGACAUUACAAAUGUUAAUAGGUUCAGCUGGGUGCUGAAAAAAAAAACACCAAAGGGAAAUUGCACCAUCACCAAGCAGUAGUUGAAGACAAGAAAGCUGGCAUUCAGGAAAGGACAGCAAGGUUGAAGAAGAGUUACCUAGUUGGGGAUUAGGAAUCAGAGCAUGAGGGGACUCUGCUGAUUAUAGCAGUUUGACAGAAGAUGAUCUGUUGUUUCAUUCAAAACUAUCCCCAAGUCUGAUCAUCUCAAGGUUUUGAAUAGGAAUGCCUGCAUCAACUGGUCAGCUUCUGGGAACCUGUUCCACCAGUGCAGGAGAAACAGUAGCAGCAGUAGAAAACUGGACGUCUGAAUUUCAGCUUUCAUAGAACUGCAGGCAGCCUGACACGUCCCAUCAUACUUAAGGAAGAAGCGGAAGAAGAUGAUCAAUAUGGGAAGUGCAGAAAUGGCAACGCUGACAUGAGGCAUAGGUAAUUCAUCGCUCAUUUAUUUAUUAUUUUAUUUUAACCUUCCCUGGUCCCAGGAACACCAGAUUUCGUAAGAGACCAGAAAAAGGAAAAUACAAUAUUAUUUCAAAGUUAUUUGUGCAUUUUAUUUUAUUUUAAAAUGCACCAAACUCUGUUCAAAGUUCUAUUGAGCUUACUCUGGAAUUAUUGGCUUUUAAUGGAUUAUGCUAAGGCAGGUUUGGGGGACAACCAUGUCCACUCGAGUUUUAUUUAUCGAAGAUUGCGGAACCAUGAGAGGCGAGAGAUCCAAAGGGAAAUUCUUUCUAUCCUGGGUUUACCUCAUAGACCCAGGCCAUUUUCAGCUGGAAAACAAGCUUCCUCAGCACCCCUCUUUAUGCUGGAUCUGUACAAUGCAAUGACAAAUGAAGAGGAUCCCGAAGAGUUGGAAUAUUUGGUGAGGGGAUCAUCCCCAAGCGGAGAGGGCAAAGGGCUACGGAAGGGCUACUUGGCAUCUCCAAAUGGGUACUCCCGAAGAAUAUACAUAUCACGGACAAGUUCACUGCCUACACAAAGUCCCACCUUAGCUAGCCUGCACGACACCAACUUUCUGAAUGAUGCAGAUAUGGUCAUGAGCUUUGUCAAUUUAGUGGAAAGAGACAAGGAUUUUUCUCACCAACGACGGCACUACAAAGAAUUUCGAUUUGAUUUGACUCAGAUCCCUCAUGGAGAAGCCGUGACAGCAGCAGAAUUUCGGAUUUACAAGGAUCGGAGUUACAGUCGAUUUGAGAAUGAAACAAUUAAGAUUAGCAUUUAUCAGAUCAUCAAGGAAUAUCCGAACAGGGAUGCGGACCUGUUCCUAUUAGAUACAAAACGAGCUCAAGCUCCUGAUAUUGGCUGGCUUGUGUUUGAUAUCACUGUCACCAGUAACCACUGGGUGAUUGACCCACAGAAUAAUUUAGGUUUGCAGCUCUGUGCAGAGAUGGCAGAUGGUCGCAGUAUCAGUGUGAAAGCAGCUGGUCUUAUAGGCAGGCAUGGUCCUCAGUCAAAGCAACCAUUCAUGGUUGCCUUCUUUAAAGCAAGCGAAGUCCUUUUUCGAUCUGUCCGAGCUGCUAACCAUAAGAAAAAAAAACAGAAUCGCAGCAAGUCCAGCAGCUCACAAAAUACUUCAAGAAUGUCAAGUGUUGCAGAUUAUAACACAAGUGAACAGAAGCAAGCCUGCAGAAAACACGAACUCUACGUGAGCUUUCGAGACCUUGGGUGGCAGGAUUGGAUUAUAGCUCCAGAGGGUUAUGCUGCAUUUUAUUGUGACGGAGAAUGUUCAUUUCCUCUCAAUGCUCACAUGAACGCCACAAAUCAUGCCAUAGUACAGACGCUGGUCCACUUGAUGUUUCCUGAUCAUGUCCCAAAGCCUUGUUGUGCUCCCACCAAACUGAAUGCCAUCUCUGUCCUCUAUUUUGAUGACAGUUCCAAUGUUAUUUUGAAAAAGUAUAGGAACAUGGUGGUACGAUCAUGUGGUUGCCACUAGGAUUCAAUUGCAAAAAACAGAGCCCCACAAAGAGGAAGUUAUUUUUUUAUGUUUCUUAUUUUGGGUAGAGGAAUUGGAGUGACCCUUUCACAAUAUUUCUCCAAGAAGAGGAUCAUUCUUCAUUCCAACAGAGUCCUGGAGCUAAAGUUCUUCCUAUAUGGUGGCCAUCACACCACAACUGGGCUGCAACCAAGUGGUUGCCACUCCCCCCCCCAUCCUCUAGGUACAGCUUCGUUCGCAAGCAUUUGGGGAAGGAAAUGUGGCUAUCACAAAUAUCAAGAAAACCAUACAAAAAAUUAAGAGAAACCUCUGCAAAGGGAUUUUUUUUUUUUUUUAGGGACAAAAGAAAAUUAAAAGAAAAAAAAAGAUACAAGAAAUUUAGAUUUUAGAUCUAGAAUGUAGAAUAGGGCCAAGAGUUUUCUUUUUGUUUUUUUAAUGGAAAAAAUAAAGAUAUUAGGUAACUUAAUCCCACUGAUGUCACCUCUCUUCUCAUGUACAGUACAAUGUACAUAGUAGUUUUUAUUUAUUUAAAGGUAUAUCCUUUCUUUUAUAUGAAUGUCAUUUCAAAUACUUUAUUAUAUAGGUUUAUCUUAGUAAGUAGUAGAACAUUGAAGACAAAUGUUUGGUACCCGUACUGAGAUUUAUUUCAUUUUAUAAAAUAAAGCUUUUGUAUACUCUC